AUGGCUCCUGCCAAGUCAAAAGGAAAGUCCUCACAAUUAGAGGCUAAGUCCAAUGUUAAUGUUAAACCUAUUGACCAUAGAAUACUUAGGUUACAGGAUACAAUGAAAGUCAAAACCUCCAAGGAACUUCUUCCUCGUCAGAAUGACUUGCCAGUUCCCAACGCUGUGACUGAGGGGUACCCGCCAUCAGGCCUACCAGAAAGUCCGCCCGUCUGUCGCCUCACGACGAUACGGUUCCACUUCCUUUCGCCUGCUGCCCUCGCCUUCUUCUCCACCACCUCGUCCCAUCUCAGCCUCUUCCUGGCCCCUGAGAGCCCGCGGUUCCCCCACCAACACGACCAAUACAGGGGUCACCAGAAAGCUCCAGUGAUCUAGGCGGGCUCCGCAAGCUCCUGAUCUCAGAGCUCAGCAGCGACGGAAUCAAAGAGGCUGCUGCUGCCCAAGAAGCAAAGGCCGGCCAUGUGGCGCUCGCUGGUCCACUACCUGAAGGGCCGCGAGGUGGGCGCAUGGGGCGGCGCCGGGCUCUCGGGCUCAGACGGCGAGCUGCGAGGCUGUGCGGUGCAGAAGCUGCCUGAGCUGUUGAGGGAGCGCGAGCUGACCCUGGGCACCCUCAACAAGGUGUUCGCGUCGCAGUGGCUGAACGCCAGGCAGGUGGUGUGUGGCACCAAGUGUAACACCCUCUUCGUAGUGGAUGUGCACUCGGGUCAGAUCACGCGCAUCCCCCUGAUGCGGGAUCGGGGGCCCUGGUUGGCCCGGGCUCAGCCAACCUGCGGUAUCCACGCCAUCGAGCUGAAUCCCUCCAAGACGCUUCUGGCCACUGGGGGUGAGAAUCCCAACAGCCUGGCUAUCUACCAACUGCCCACCCUGGACCCCGUGUGCCUGGGCGACCGCCAUGGCCACAAGGACUGGAUCUUCACCAUCGCCUGGGUGAGUGACACAGUGGCUGUGAGCGGCUCCCGUGACGGCACAGUGGCGCUGUGGCGGAUGGAUCCCGACUUGUUCAAUGGCAGCAUCGCUUGGUACAAUGACGCUGGUCUCCCUGUGUACGCCCACAUCCGUCCGAGGGACAUGGAGACCAUCCCCAGGUCCAGCACCAGCCCCAGUAACCGCAAGGUGCGGGCUCUGGCCUUCAGCGGCAAGAACCAGGAGCUGGGAGCGGUGUCCCUGGACGGCUACUUCCACCUGUGGAAAGCCCGCAGCACUCUGUCCAGGCUGUUGUCCAUCAGGCUGCCCUACUGCCGAGAGAACGUGUGCCUGACCUACUGUGAUGAGUUGUCCCUGUACGCGGUGGGCUCCCAGUCCCAUGUCUCGUUCUUAGAUCCACGCCAACGUCAGCAGAAUAUCCGGCCCCUGUGCUCCCGAGAGGGUGGCACGGGUGUGCACUUGCUGAGUUUCUACCAACAUAUCAUCACCGUGGGCACAGGCCAAGGCUCCCCGCUCUUCUAUGACAUCUGCGCCCAGAAGUUCUUGGAAGAGAGGGCCUCGACCAGCCCGGACGCCUUUCCUGGGCCCUCAGGAAGGAAGCUCAAGCUCACCUGUGGCAGAGGCUGGCUCAACCACAAUGACCUGUGGGUGAACUACUUUGGUGGGAUCCGCGAGUUCCCCAACGCGCUCUAUACCCACUGCUACAACUGGCCGGAGAUGAAGCUCUUUGUGGCUGGGAGACCUCUCCCUUCAGGCCUCCAUGGGAACUACGCAGGCCUCUGGAGCUAAGGAUGGCUGCUGUGUUUUCAAACUGCCCAGA